GGCUUCCUAGCUUUACGACAACAACUAUGGCGGCUGCCGGUGGUAGAUUUGAAAGUGCGAGUAGCGUCGAAGAGCGUAAAGAACAGAUUCGAAUUGCCAGGGCCGAGGUGUUGCGCCAGGCUAAAGCCAAUUUUGAAAAGGAAGAAAGGCGUAAAGAACUUAAACGACUUCGGGGUGAGGAAACAUGGAUGCUACCUGAUGUGGUUAAGAGAGUUGAACAAAUCUCACAGGAAGACUGUGUGAAGAAAAAGAAGAAAAAAGGCAAGCAUUCAAAAAAAGUAAAGAAAGAGAAGAAAAAAAAAAGCAAGAAACAAAAGUGUGAGAAAAAUGAGUCAACUGACAGCUCCUCAAGCUCUGAAGAUGAGUGGGUUGAGGCUGUUCCCUCCCAGACUCCUGGCAAGGAGAAGGCCUGGAAGAUUAAAGAUGAAAAGUUAGAAAAAGAAGAUAAUCAGAUUAUUCAGAGGGAUGAAUGGAUGACGGUUGAUUUUAUGUCUGUUAAAACUGUGUCAUCAUUGUCACUCAAAGCUGAAAAGGAAGCUGCAAGGAAAACACAGCAAGAGAAAACCCAGGCACUUGAACAGUCCAGAUUGCUGGAAAGAGAAUUGAAUCCUUACUGGAAGGAUGGUGGGACAGGUCUUCCACCAGAAGACUGUAAUGUGUCAUCCGUUACGAAAGUAGAAGAUGGUGGUUUAAGCUGGCUAAGGAAGUCUUAUCAAAGAAUGAAAGAACAAGCUGAGAAACAAAAUAGAAAUAUUGAGGACAUUGUAGCUGAAAGAUAUGGGUCAAUGGAAAUAUUUCAGUUGAAAUUAAAAGAAGCUGAAAAAGCUGCAUUUACAAAAGAAGAUUGUAGACGAGAACGGUGGAAGAAACCAGCAUACUCAGAUAAAGCACAUAGUAGUCAAGAAAGUGGAAAGUCAGACUUGGUAAAAUAUAAUAAAAGUUCAAGAGGUAGAUAUAAUACAACAGAUAUUGCCAACAAUAUCACUAAAGAUAAGUUUAGUGGUGAUGAAAAAGAUGGUAGAUCUGUGUUUUCAGAAACAUGUAGAAGAGAACCCAGUCCAAGGAAAAAUCAAGAAUUUUCUUCUCAUGUAAAUUUAAGAGCUAAAUUCUUAAGACCCUCUGAUGAUGAAGAAGUGUCAUUUCAUAGCAAGGACAGAAAUUUUGAACCAUCUAGUUCAUCUUCAGCAGUAGUCCCUCAAGAUUCUGUGUAUUAUGGUUUUCGAAAACCCGCAGAAAACAGUGAAGAAAGUUUAUCAUGGAGUCGAUUUGGGAGGGGAGACAGGAAACAUUCAAAUCAAAAACCACUAGAAACCAGUCACAGUGUUGACCAUGGAUACAUUUCAGAAGACGUGAGAGAAAAAUCACAGGAGGAAGGCUUGAGAGAUGACUCUGUGACAAAAGAACAUCUACAGGAUACAAAGUCUUCGCUUGCCAGUUAUCUCUCUUGCCUCUCCACAAACAUUGGCAACCCACCUACACAACUAUUGUUGGAUGUCUCAGUUUUAUUCAUGUUGCUGUAUAUAAGAAGAAUUCUUACCUUUUUGUUGAUGGAUAAUAUACCAUUGGUAGAUAUAUUGUACCACGGUUUGUUUUUCCAUGUACCUGCUGGUGGAUGUUUAGAAUCUUUUCACAUUUUGGCUGCAAAAAAAAGUAGUCCAGGGGAUGAGUCUAUCCACGUCUUGAGUGUUGAUGAGAAGAACAAGUUAGGAGCCAAAAUUAUCAAGGCAGAGAUGAUGGGCAAUAUGGAAUUAGCUGAACAACUUAAAGCCCAACUUGAUAAGGCAAAUAAAUUCCAAGACACCAUAACACAGAUGUCAUCAAAAAAAUCUAGGGUAGAGGAUGAAGAUCAGGAAGAAGUGAUCCUUGUCAGAACAGAUCAUUCCGGAAGAGUCUGGCCUGUAAACACACCGGGAAAACAAGAAGGAAGAAGGAAAAGACAGAUUGUUUCAACUCAUGAGGAAAAAGAAAGGGUCAGAUACUUUCAUGAUGAUGAUAACUUAAGCCUAAAUGAUUUAGUCAAGAAUGAAAAGAUGGGAACAGCAGAAAAUCAGAACAAACUUUUUAUGAGAAUGACAUCAAAGUUUAUGGGAAAAGCAGACGGAGACUAUUACACUCUGGAUGACAUGUUUGUCUCCAAAGCAGCUGAGAGUGAACAUUUUGGUGAAGAGGAAGAGAAUCAGAGGAAAAAAGCUAUUGCUGAGCACCGGAGUCUUAUUGCACAAAUGGAAAAAUGUCUUUAUUGUUUUGACAGCUCUCAAUUUCCCAAGCACCUUAUUGUUGCAAUAGGUGUUAAGGUUUAUUUAUGUUUACCCAAUGUACGAUCUCUUACUGAAGGACACUGCUUGAUAGUCCCUUUGCAGCACCAUAGGGCAGCUACCUUAUUGGAUGAAGACAUCUGGGAGGAAAUUCAGAUGUUUAGAAAAUCGUUGGUGAAAAUGUUUGAAGAUAAAGGAUUGGACUGUAUCUUUUUAGAAACGAAUGUGAACAUGAAGAAACAGUACCAUAUGGUUUAUGAAUGUAUUCCUCUCCCAAAGGAAGUGGGUGAUAUGGCUCCCAUCUAUUUUAAGAAAGCCAUAAUGGAAUCUGAUGAAGAAUGGUCUAUAAACAAGAAAUUGAUUGAUCUCUCUUCAAAAGACAUCAGAAAGUCUGUACCCAGAGGCUUACCUUACUUCUCUGUGAAUUUUGGCCUCCAGGGGGGGUUUGCCCAUGUCAUUGAAGAUCAGCACAAAUUCCCACAUUACUUUGGAAAGGAAAUCAUUGGUGGCAUGCUGGAUAUAGAACCAAGAGUUUGGAGGAAAGGGAUGCGAGAAAGCUUUGAAGAUCAGAGGAAGAAAGCACUGCAGUUUGCUCAGUGGUGGAAACCAUUUGACUUCACUGGAAAUAAAAAAUGUUGAGGCAAAGCUUUCAUUUUUUAUUUCCUUUCCAGAUUUCUUUCAGUUUUAUUUCCAUUGCAUCUAGCUGAACAACUAACCAUCAGGUCAUAGAAAAAGAGUGUCAUGAUCUGGGUUUCUGACAACUGUACAUCAUUGAAUUGUAUUGGUUUCCUUCACCACCUGCUCCUGUGGACUGCAUUGUAGUAACCAUGGAGACCAGUUAUGUUGGGUGACCUGUUCAUGUCCUGUUCUGUACCUGUGUCUUCAUGUUCUAAACUAUUUUAAUCUGUAGAAAGACUUUCCUGAAGAAUUAUAUAGGAAGUAUCGCAAAUCAUUGGUUCAGAGGGAAAUAGGUCUGCUUCAAGUUUGUUAAGUCUACUGACUAGCUUCUUUUGCAUUUAAACUAAAAUGUGGCACAUUUAGUGAUAAUUGAAAUUUCUUUUCACAGCAUUUUAUAGAAGCUCUUAAUUUUCUACCAAUACCAUAUAUAUCACUGCUAUUCUUUUUAUUAAAGGAAAAAAGAAUGUCCCCAAUAAUAAAUAAUUAAAUGAAGUAUAUAA